ACCAGUUUAGUGUAUAAGUUUACGUUAUGUAGUAAUUUACAACAGUGAUUUGUGUGAUUAACUAGUUUUAAUAAUUAUUUACAAUUUCAGUACCUGGACAGUUAGAACUCUCAAAAAUGGAUCAUCCACGAUCUCCAGAAAGUGAAACUGAAGAGAUAUACGAUAACCAGAACUGUUGUGAUACUCCCACAAAACCACUCUUAACAGAGGAAAGAAUGAGGAGAAAACUACAAUUUUUUUUCAUGAAUCCCAUUGAAAAGUGGCAAGCUAAAAAAAGAUUUCCAUACAAAUUUAUUGUACAGGUUAUUAAAAUAUUAUUAGUAACGAUGCAGCUUUGCUUUUUUGCUUACUACAGAUACAAUCAUGUGAAUUAUACAUGGGACAACAGAAUAACAUUUUCACAUUUAUUCCUAAAGGGCUGGGAUGCAACAAGAGAAGUAAAUGCUUAUCCUCCAUCAUCAGGUCCUUUAGCAAUCUACAGAGUUGAUGAGUUUUAUUCCACAAUAGAUUAUGCUUAUAAAGGAUAUGCUGAAUUGGACAAGGCAGUUGGCCCCUACUCUUAUGCCAAUGAAGACAACACUAUGAGUGAUAUGUUGUUGUGUUUAAAACAAUAUAAAGAAGGUGUUAUAUUUGGUUUUAAUGAAUCAUAUAUAUUUAACAGUGAAAUAGUUACAGAGUGUUUUAAUAUUACUAAACCACUUAGUGGACUUCUUGAUUCGAAGUUAUAUAUAGAACAACAACAUAUUGAAGUGAACUUUUCCGCGCUAGUGAAUGCAGAGUUAAUAUUUCCUAUUAAAACUGUGAACUUUAAAGCAGCUGGAAGAAUAUCUCCUCCAAACUGCUUUCUUUUUAAUAUUAUCAUUGGCUUUGAUAAUGCAGAUCAUGACGGUCAAAUGUUAGUUGCACUGGAAGCUGAACCAAUACGUUUAACUUGUAAAGGUGACAUUUCAUAUAAAACUGAUAAUGAGAUAGAAUCGAUUCUAAGAAGUAUUCUGAACUACCUAGUUAUUUUCAUAUGUAUUACUUCAUUUAUUUUGUGUUCAAGAGCAGUGUGGAGAGCACAGCAGCUUAAAACAAUCACCAACAAAUUCUUUAUUACCAGGUUUGAGCAACCAUUAACCCAUAAAGACAAAAUGAAAUUUUUAAAUCUUUGGUAUAUUAUGAUAAUUAUAAAUGACGUGUUUAUUAUAGUAGGGUCUAUUAUUAAGGAAAAUAUUGAAAAAGAAUCGUUUGCUAGUGACCAAUGGAAUGUAUGUAGUUUAUUUUUAGGCAUAGGUAACUUAUUAGUUUGGUUUGGAGUUUUGAGAUAUUUAGGGUUUUUCAGAACAUACAAUGUAGUGAUAUUAACUUUACAAAAGGCUGCACCACAAGUGGCUCGAUUUUUAUUGUGUGCACUCUUAAUAUAUGCAGGUUUUACUUUCUCAGGAUGGUUAAUUUUGGGACCAUAUCAUCUCAAAUUUAGAUCUUUGUCUACCACAUCAGAAUGUCUGUUUUCAUUAAUUAAUGGUGAUGAUAUGUUUGCUACAUUCUCAAUUAUGUCACGAAAAUCACCCUUAUUGUGGUGGUUUAGUAGAGUGUACCUAUAUUCCUUUAUAAGUCUGUACAUAUACAUUAUUCUUAGUUUAUUUAUUUCUGUUAUAAUGGAUGCUUACGAUACAAUUAAACUGUAUUAUACUGAUGGCUUCCCGAAAAGCAAUCUUGAAUCUUUUAUAGGAGACACCAAUUUGGAAGAUGUAUCCAGUGGUUUGUUUAGAACUGAUUCAGCUGAUAGUUUGGGCGGUUUAAUGAAAGAUUUGUGCUGUUGCAAAAAGGUUUAUCAAUCUUAUUCAACAUUAACAUCAAGUUCCCAGUCUCGAACUAGUAUCUUAAUAUAAAUACUGGCUUGACAAAUUUUAAUUGAUAUUUUUUUGUACAAUUUUUCUCUUGGAUUUAUAGAUUAUUGUUUAUGUUGUUUAUUUCCAUUCUUCCAUUUUCUAACUUUUGAUAUCAAUUUGUUUAAAUCUCAAUAAGCCAAACUAUUUACAUAAAACCACUCAUUCUAGUGAAAUUAGAUUCAAACAGCUACUAUAGUAAAUAAAUAAAUUAGUAUACAGAAUGUUUUUCCCUGUAACCAGUGUUUAAUAUUUUUCAUAGUUUUCGUUGUGGUUUUUUAGAUCAAUUACACAAUACUUGUAGUCCAUAUAUCACCUUUUUGUACAUUUUUUUUUGCGAUGGCAUCAGUGAGUCAACAUUCUCCAAUGGUAGUCUAGGGAAGAUUUGUUUAUGAGUUGGUUGUAGUGAGCAGGAACUUAGAUUUUUGUAUAAAUGACUCUGGAAAGUUGUUCACAAUUAAAAUUUCUAUAUGUUCCAGUAGAUGAAUUUCUGGAAGAAUGAGGAAAAUAUUUAAAAUGAAAAAUCAAUGUUAUAGACCCUUACUUAUCAACCUUUUGUCCUGCAUAUCUAGAACAGUAUCAUAUCUAUGAGAAAAAUACAUAGAAGUAAUAUUGUACACAAUUAAAUUUCCUAAUAAAAUAUGCUUGUGCAUUUAGCAAAAAAUCUGUUUCACAAUGUUGAAAAUUUCUGAGAAAAAAAGGUGAAAAAAACACACAAGGAAAACGAAUUGCUGUAGUUGGCUGUAUACCAUGAAUCAAAAAAGUUUUAUUUAAAAAUCCUUUAUAAAAGGUAUAUAAUUAAGAAGACACUUUUGGGAUAUAUCACAGAACGUUUUGGGACUAAAAAGUUCAUCAUCUGCGUAUUAUUACCAGGUAUACAGGGGUCAAGUCACUAAUUAUUUGGGUAAAAACCCUUAAAAUGGUACAAAUAGUUCUAGAUGGCAAUUGGAACCCAUUCAGACAUUGUCUCAGGAUCAGCAGCAACUCCUAUUGGGAGUUUUAUGUUGCUAUGCUAGGUAUAUGUUAAAUACUUUAACAUCACAACAUCUUUUCAACAAAAAUGUAGCACAUAAUAAAUUUUCUACUAUUUUAAGGGUUUUGGUAAUACACUGAAGAUGCUUUUUAGUCCAAAAACAUUCCAUGUGUAGCCCAAAAGGGUCUUUUAA